AUGAAAGAAACCUUCAGCCUCCUGGGAGUGCCCUCCGAAGUUAUAUCUGAUAACGGACCCCAGUUCAUUGGAAAAGCUUUCAAAGACAUGUGUGAGUCAUGGAACAUCAAGCACACCACCUCAUCGCCGAGAUAUCCGCGCUCCAAUGGCCUAGCUGAGCGGAUGGUACGCACCAUAAAGUCGAUGAUUAAGAAGUGCAAACAGACAGGACAAGAUGUCCAAAAGGCACUUCUCCACCUUCGAGCAACGCCUCAAUCGGACCUGCCAUCUCCUGCCGAAAUGAUGUUUGGGAGGCAAAUGAAGACAACCCUUCCAGGUCGCCAUGAUCAUGACAGACAGAUGAGCGAUGUCCACGACCAGCUCCAGCGAAGGCGGGAUGUGAUGAAGACCGACCAUGACAGACAUGCCGGUCGGGUACUGUCCCUCCUGAAGGUCGGCCAGAAAGUCAGAACUUUGCAUCCAGACGACAAUACAUGGCUGCCGGCUGAGGUUUCAAGAGUUUGCCCAGAACCAAGAUCAUAUGAAGUGACAACACCAAAUGGCAGGGUGUUAAGGAGAAACAGGUCCCAUCUGCGAGAGAUGCCGAUACAAAUAGAGACGGCAACAGCACCCACACCAGGGACAGAGCAUCUUCCAAGAGAGGAUGGUGACAACUGCACAACACCCGCAGGAACACAGGAUUUCGAUGGUUCAAUCCCUCGUUCUGAUUCUUUUGCCUAUGUCACACGAUAUGGUCGCAAGGUUAAUCCCCCAUCUCGUUAUCAAGAAUAA